GUUGUGAUUGCUCGGCUGAUUCCGAGAGGUGGCGCGGCGCCGUGGACGCAACUGGUGAUAUCGUAUUCGUUUAGAGCGGAAAGCCUGUUGCCCAAAUCGAAUCCUUUAGGUCCCCACUUCACGAACGCGCGCCCGCGGACGCGAGGGCCCAUGGAUCUCCCUUAUACAACGUUGACACAUCUCCGAUGACUUCGAACUUGAACAAGUCGAACCGUCCAUAUAACAUCUCGCAUACGACACGUUCGGCUUGACAGUGAACAUUGACCACGGUGACACAUAGAAACGUUGCAUGGAAGGUUUAAGGAGUCUUGGAAGAAGAGAAACCAGCGUCCGCCGCAUAGAGUGGGUCCAGUGGUCUUUCCUUCGCGGCCAAAAAAGGCCCAAUCAGAGAAUGUUAUGGACCAAUCGCGUUCCAAAGUUUCAGGAAAGCCCGCCGGAUCGCCAAAAUUGAACGUCAAGAUCAAGCACGAACAGUCUGGAGGAAAUCUCGGACACGGGGCCAAAGAACCCCGACUCUGACUCAAAACUCCAACAAUAAUACAUCAAAGAGCCAUAUGUCAGUUCUUACUGGAAAACAUGAGUGUUCCAACAACCUGAUGAAUAUGGCAGCCUCCAACAGGUUUCGAGGCACGCGACGAUUGGCGACAGUGUUCAUAUUGUUGUUCGGGUGACAUGAUCAUGCGAAUCCAAGGUGACUCACUUUGCAAGGUUCAAGGUUCCAUAGAUCUCAGUCCGAAAAGAGUCCCCGUCCUGGCCAGCGGAGUUCUGGAGACACAAUAGAGGAGGUUCUAGAAACAAAGUGGUAUAGAAUCAUGCCAAGUGUAAGGCUGGCGAUCUGGCACAUCAUCAUCUCGAGAGUCGAGUCCAUGCACCUUCCAGUCGGCAGACAAGAUUCGAAUUGAACAAUUCUGCGACGGGAUGGCUCACUCGAUAAGCACUAGUCCACAGUACUCCGUAAAGCUUUGCAGUUCGCAACGAUCAAUCGCAUCCUUUCCUCUCCAUCUUAUUCCUUCGGGUCGGCUCAGACCCAGCCCGUUGCCCAGAAAUACUCAGAUUACUGCCCCUGGACCGCUUAGCUCUGCACAAUGUCACAAAGAGAUCUCGGGAACUUGGGGGUCCGAUGACCCGCCCUUGUUUAGCUGCAGGCUAACCGGUAGUGGAAUGCAUGUAGUCCUGCAUCUGUAAUCGAGGCAUCAGUGGUGACGACUAUCGCUGGCGAGGACACGGGGAAUUCAAAUCGGGUCAACAGAAACGAUGCAUUUGUCCACCUAAUUAUUUCCUCCGGCUAAGCAGGUCCAUAUUUAUUUAUUAUUAGCGACACCACUCCCUUCCGACCUCUUGCGAAGUUACGAGUCCCUCUUUUUCUUCAUCCUCUCUUAUCAAUCCGAUUCCGACUCCGACUGCAUAUUUCUGAAGAGCCUCUUUUCCCUCUAACACGAAUAACGUGCAUCUCUAAAUCUCUUCGAUUUCCGUUACUUCGAGUAUAGCUGCUUCAGCCGCUUCUACUAUAAUUUGCACCUCGCACAGUCUUUCCACAUUCCUCAUGGAGUAGAGCAGUCGCCCCAUUCCAGAGUCUCCCCCCUGUGACCUCGGCAGCUUUUUCGGCGCUUCUAUCUACCGCUCCGAACAAUAUGUCACAACCAGAAAAAGAGCCCUCUUCCCUGGGGAAUGCAGGCGAAGGCGACCAUGCUCAGAUUACCAAGGCUGAGCAUGAGCAGUCUUUAACCCUACCUUCCACUGGAGAAAAGCAACAAUCCGACGAGCACUCCGCCACCACUAGCUCAACAGCGGUCCCCGCAGGCAAAGAGCAGCGCCCUGGGUCUUCGUCAAGCAACAAUGCGCUGUCGGUUAAUGAAGUCGAUGCGCUUCUUGCGCAUUUGCCAGAGGAGGAAAGGCAGAUUCUGAAAACACAGCUAGAUGAGAAGAAGGUGAACAUUUCGUAUUUCGGUCUCUGGCGCUAUGCCACACACAUGGAUCUCUUCAUUCUUGUAGUCAGUUUUCUCUGUGCCAUUGCUGCUGGCGCUGCAUUGCCGCUGUUUACCAUUCUAUUCGGGUCGUUGGCGUCGGUCUUCCAAGAUAUUAUGCUAUACCACAUCUCCUACGACGAGUUCUACGAUGAGCUGACCAAAAACGUUUUGUACUUCGUGUACCUUGGAAUUGGCGAAUUCGUUACAGUCUACGUCAGCACCGUCGGCUUUAUCUAUACAGGAGAGCACGUCACGCAGAAGAUCCGCGAACACUACCUUGAAUCUAUCUUGCGCCAGAACAUCGGCUACUUUGAUAAACUGGGUGCUGGUGAAGUGACAACUCGUAUCACAGCCGACACCAACCUCAUUCAAGAUGGUGUCUCGGAAAAGGUCGGUCUCACUUUGACAGCCAUUGCAACCUUUGUGACGGCAUUUAUUAUCGCAUAUAUCAAAUAUUGGAAACUGGCCUUGAUCUGCAGCUCCACGAUCGUUGCGCUUGUUCUCACAAUGGGCGGUGGGUCCCAGUUUAUUAUCAAGUACAGCAAAAAGUCACUGGAAAGCUAUGGUGCAGGUGGAACGGUUGCCGAGGAGGUCAUCAGUUCCAUUCGAAACGCUACGGCAUUUGGUACUCAGGACAAGCUCGCUAAGCAGUACGAGGUCCAUCUAGCCGAGGCAGAGAAAUGGGGAACUAAAAACCAGGUCAUUUUGGGCUUUAUGGUGGGUACCAUGUUUGGCCUGAUGUUCGCGAAUUAUGGUCUCGGCUUCUGGAUGGGCUCACGUUUCCUUGUUGAUGGCUCAGUUGACGUUGGUGAUGUUCUUACGGUCCUGAUGUCUAUUUUGAUCGGUUCAUUUGCACUAGGAAAUGUUGCACCAAAUGCCCAGGCAUUCACCAAUGGUGUGGCUGCUGCCGCAAAGAUUUUCGCAACAAUCGACCGCCAGUCUCCAUUGGAUCCGUACUCUGAUGAAGGAAGGACCCUCGAGAACUUUGAAGGCAACAUUGAAUUACGCAACAUCAAGCAUAUUUACCCAUCCCGCCCAGAGGUUACUGUCAUGCAGGAUGUGUCUCUGGUAAUGCCGGCUGGAAAAACAACAGCGCUGGUAGGCCCUUCAGGUUCUGGAAAAAGCACAGUGGUUGGUCUAGUCGAGCGCUUCUACAUGCCUGUCCGAGGUACCGUCCUGUUAGAUGGCCAUGACAUCCAGGAUCUCAACCUCCGCUGGCUCCGUCAACAAAUCUCUCUGGUCAGUCAGGAGCCUGUUCUUUUCGGCACAACUAUCUACAAAAACAUUCGACACGGUCUCAUUGGAACGAAGCUCGAACAUGAAACAGAGGACAAAGUACGGGAGCUGAUUGAAAACGCGGCAAAAAUGGCAAAUGCCCACGACUUCAUCACUGCCCUUCCCGAAGGAUACGAGACCAAUGUCGGCCAACGGGGAUUCCUCCUUUCAGGUGGUCAGAAACAGCGCAUUGCAAUCGCCCGCGCCGUGGUUAGUGAUCCAAAGAUCCUGCUCCUUGAUGAAGCCACGUCUGCACUUGAUACCAAGUCCGAGGGGGUUGUUCAGGCAGCAUUGGAGAAAGCAGCAGAGGGCCGGACUACUAUCGUGAUCGCUCAUCGCCUUUCUACGAUUAAAACAGCACACAACAUUGUCGUCUUGGUUGGUGGUAAUAUCACCGAACAGGGUACUCAUGAUGAGUUAGUCGACCAUGGUGGUACAUACUUCAAGCUCGUCGAAGCCCAGCGUCUCAAUGAGGAGAAGGAAGCGGCCGCUCUAGAUGAUGAAGGGGACAUUGACACGGAGGAAACCAAGGCAGAGAUUGCACGUAUCAAGACUACGACCAGCGCAUCAUCCUCGCUUGACGAUGAAGAAAAGGCAGCAAUCGGCCGUACAGGCACCCACAAGUCGAUUUCAAGUGCGAUCCUUGCAAAGAAAAGUCCCGAAAAGCGUCAGAAAUACUCACUCUGGUCGCUGCUCAAGUUUAUCGCUUCCUUCAACCGUCCCGAGCUUCUCUACAUGAUCAUCGGUCUCAUUUUCUCAGUCCUUGCUGGUGGUGGCCAACCUACACAGGCUGUGCUUUAUGCCAAAGCAAUCAGCACACUCUCACUAGACCCAUCCCAGUAUGGCAAACUUCGGGAUGAUGCAAACUUCUGGUCUCUGAUGUUCUUCGUAGUUGGAAUUGUGCAAUUCAUUACACAAUCUAUUACCGGCGCUGCAUUUGCCAUUUGCUCCGAGAGACUUAUUCGCCGCGCCCGAAGCAUGGCCUUCAGGUCAAUGCUUCGUCAGGACAUUGCGUUCUUCGACAAGGAGGAAAACAGCACUGGUGCUUUGACCUCCUUUUUAUCUACUGAGACGAAACAUCUAUCUGGUAUCAGUGGUGUUACAUUGGGAACAAUCCUGAUGACUUCUACUACCUUGGGUGCAGCAAUCAUUAUUGCUCUAGCUAUUGGCUGGAAACUGGCACUGGUCUGCAUCUCAGUUGUGCCUGUUCUUUUGGCCUGUGGAUUCUACCGAUUCUACAUGCUGGCCCAAUUCCAGGCGCGCUCAAAGGUUGCCUAUGAAGGGUCUGCAAACUUUGCUUGCGAGGCAACAUCAUCUAUCCGCACCGUUGCCUCGCUAACACGGGAAAAGGAUGUUUGGGGUAUGUAUCAUGCGCAACUCGACGAACAAGGCAGGACCAGCCUAAUAUCUGUCCUGAAAUCAUCCGUGUUAUACGCCUCCUCGCAAGCCCUUGUCUUCUUCUGUGUGGCCCUUGGUUUCUGGUAUGGAGGAACCCUGCUUGGCCACCAUGAGUACGAUAUUUUCCGAUUCUUCGUCUGCUUCUCUGAAAUCCUAUUCGGGGCCCAAUCUGCAGGCACCGUAUUUUCUUUCGCUCCAGACAUGGGAAAGGCGAAGAACGCCGCCACCGAAUUCCGACGAUUGUUUGACAGGAAGCCAGAGAUUGACAACUGGUCUGAAGAGGGAGACGCUCUCGAGUCGGUACACGGUGAGAUUGAGUUUAGGGAUGUGCACUUCAGGUACCCGACGCGCCCUGAGCAGCCUGUCCUCCGCGGGUUAAACUUGUCUGUGAAGCCUGGGCAGUACGUUGCGCUUGUUGGGCCUAGUGGUUGUGGUAAAAGUACCACAAUCGCGCUCCUUGAGCGCUUCUAUGAUGCAAUUGCUGGAUCGAUUCUGGUUGACGGACAAGAUAUCAGCAAAUUGAACAUCAACUCCUACCGCCGCUUCUUGUCGCUGGUCAGCCAGGAACCGACCUUGUACCAGGGUACCAUCAAGGAGAAUAUCCUUCUGGGAAUCGCUGAAGAUGACGCACCGGAAGAAGCUUUGGUACAAGCUUGCAAGGACGCCAACAUCUAUGAUUUCAUCAUGUCCCUACCGGAUGGUUUCAAUACUGUCGUUGGUAGCAAAGGAGGCAUGUUGUCUGGUGGUCAGAAACAGCGUGUGGCCAUUGCCCGUGCGCUUUUGCGCGAUCCCAAGAUCCUCCUGCUAGACGAAGCCACAUCUGCCCUAGACUCCGAGUCAGAAAAGGUUGUCCAGGCAGCGCUGGAUGCUGCCGCCCGAGGGCGGACCACCAUUGCUGUCGCUCACCGACUAAGCACGAUCCAAAAGGCCGACAUAAUCUAUGUCUUCGACCAGGGCAAGAUUGUCGAGAGCGGAACACACACCGAACUUCUUCAUGAGAGGGGCCGAUACUACGAACUCGUCAACCUCCAAAGUUUGGGCAAGGGCCAUUGAUUGCAUCAUUUUCUUUUCUUUCUUUUCUCCCUAUUACCUUCUUGGAUAUAUUCUCCUUUUGAUAAUGUGUUGUUACAUACUGGCAUGGCCUUCCCUUUAUACCCGUUCCUAGAUCCCCUUGGGCCAAUUGGCAGUGCGAUAUUAUUAGAUUUAUGAUGUCUUGCAAUGUAUAAUAGCAGACACUCUUCUCUACCUCGGAUGAGAUAAAAAAGCAAAUUAUUGUUCCGCUCCAUGACUUUCCAUCGAGCCGCUGGCCGUAUGUAAUCAGUAACAUCUAUAAAAACAUCAUCAAUCAUCUCAACGUAAGCAUCACUAAACCCAGCCGUUCACAAGACCUCAAUCCUUCUCACAGACCCCGAACUCCCUCUCUACAUCAACCUGCCUCAUCCCACAGGCAUCCGCAAUAAGAGCUAUCAAUCCCUGCCCAACAUCCUUGAUCUCGUUGUACUCAUGUAGCAACCGGAUGUGCCGCUUCACUGUUUCAGAGGGGUCAUUUCUAAACAUUUCCAAAUGUCAGGUCAUUUUCAGGACCGACUCUUCAGUUUCAUUUUCUCAUGGUGCAAUCUGGACUCUUUUCGAAUGGACCAUGGACAAACAAAGAAUGCUAAUCAUGAUACUAGGUGGCUUAGUUUACUUACUUGAGUUUGGCUCGAAUCUCAGCGACUUGGCUCUCGAUUGCCGCAACUUGGGACUCUAAGUCUUUAUUCAUUGCUCUCAAGGUCUCCUGGUGAAUGAUUAGCUUCUGGACGAGGACUGGAUUGUUCGGGUCCGAGUGAGGAGACUUGCUAGCUUCUUGUCUCGCUGGGAGACUUGGCUAGGGGUAGAAGGGGAUUCUCCUUGCUGGGCUUUGGGAGCUGGAGAGGCCAAAUCUGUUUUCGGUGACAUCGUUUGUAGGAGAUUAUGGAAUCAAAAGAAAGGAAUGAGAGUGAGAAAAGAAGGAUAUCAAAUGCUCUACCCUGAUGAGAAGUGCAAACUAGGUUGAGAAAGUGGAGUUAUCUGACUGUUUGUGGAGGAUUCAAUAAUCGAUCCUUAUGGCUAUUCCUGGUCAUAGCCUGGCUAUCAAAAUAGUGUCUGCCGUGCAACGGUAUUCUCACUGCUAUAAAUCAAGAUGGAUGAUUUCUUUGAUCCCCG